AUGGAAAGGCACAUUGAAUGUGGCAGUAGCGGGGCCUCUACGCCACAUUCAAUCGUAAUCGGUGCAGCAAAACGACCCAGAAUUUCAUCUUCGUCAUCCCAUCGCCCAAGACAGACUCUUAGGGAUGAUGAUAUAAGCACAAUACUAAACUAUGGCAAUGAAGAGGACUCUGAGGACGAGGGGGAGAACAAUAACUUUAUCACAACGCCAAUGGUGCCGAGAGCUACACGAUUUUAUGUUCAAGACGAGGACGAUGAUGUGGUUAAAACUGAUGCGAUACCGUCGUUUCAAUGGCCACCUCAGUCACAGCAGCCGCAGCAGUUCUAG